AAGAAUGAGGGCGUGCUCUCCGACAGGCAGCCAAUCGUGGCCAAGCAGCUGCUGGAACAUGCCUGGACAUGAUACUAGUAGAAGAGAGAAGCCGGCCGGCUGGCCAGACAGCCAUAUACACACACGUGGUAAGGAGAGAGAAGCCUGCAAUAAGUGUUCAGUGAGCGGUUGGUCGGAGGUCCUGUGCUCCGGCAAUUCUGAUCAAUGGAAAGCUCUGCGUCCAAUCUGUUCCACGGUUUUAGUGGUUCCAGUCACUAUAUCAACUCGUAUGGUAAAAUAAUCCUCCCGAUGGAUGACACGUGUGCUAGGGAUCGUAGGAGGAGCCGGAAACACCAGCGCUUCCUGAUGCGCAAGGCAUUUCUACAGCACCGUGGACUGCUGGUCAAGAAAGAAGAUGGGAUCAUGGAAGAAAUGAGUGUCAAAGAUUCAGAGGGUGUUCGUGACGUAAACAGCUGCUCAUGCUUGCAGAGUGGUCAGUCCAGCAAUAUCAAUUGUUUAGAUGACCUGUCUGCAAAACUCAAGAUCUCUGCUAUGCUGGGUGCCCUGCCCACUGCUGCAUGUUCAUCUGCUUAUCCUACAGCAUAUGACUAUGAUAGCGGGGUGUCGGUGUCAGGUAGUUCACCCUCUAGCAGGCCUUCGUCUCCUGAUGUAUGGCUAAAACCUGGGAAGUGUGUUGCCAUAGACUGUGAAAUGGUUGGCACUGGUCCUGGCGGGAGAAUCAGCGAGUUGGCACGAUGCAGUGUGGUCGACUAUAAGGGAGACGUUGUGUAUGACAAAUACAUUACUCCAGAGCUGCCAAUUACAGACUACAGAACACGGUGGAGUGGCAUUACCAAAAGGCACAUGAAAGAUGCGGUGUCAUUUAAAACAGCACAAAAAGAGAUUCUGCAGAUCCUCAAGGAUAAGAGGGUAAUUGGACAUGCGGUACACAAUGAUUUCAAAGUUCUGAAAUAUUUCCAUCCCACUGAGCAGACGCGAGACACUAGUAAAUUAGCUGUACUGAACCAAAUUGCUGGACUUCCAGCAAGACAAAACGCUUCUUUAAAAUGCCUUGCAUGGCAUAUCCUGCAUAAGAAGAUACAGAUGGGUAGAAAAGGGCACUCGUCAGUUGAAGAUGCUCAGACAUGCAUGGAGCUGUAUAAAUUGGUGGAGGAGCAGGUGGAGCGAGACUUCCUCAGUUGCUCCCAGUUGAACACUUGCAUCAACCCCAAGGUGGACAGUGUUCCAGACAACAAACAAUACUUGGAUGAUCAGUACUGGCCAUCAGAUUUAAAUGAAAACUAUGAUUUAUUGGAUUGCGAUGUACGUUAAAUUUUAUUGGGACCUGCUAAAUUAUUGUGAUUGAUUAGUAUUUAUUUGGAUGGUUUUUAAGACUUACUGGAGCAUAUUGUUGAUCAAACUUGGUUGAUGUGCAUGGUUUCCCCAACCACUUACGGCUUUCAACCGGGUCAUCGGUACAGAACUUACAAUCAUUUUAAAAUUGGGUCUUUUCCAAUUGAUAAAAAAAAACCUGCUUUUUGCCUUGUGUACUGUUCCAGCACUUGCACAUUUGCCUGAGGCACAGUGACCCUGGAACAGUGAUUAAUAUGCCAAAGAAAGAUAUUUACUAUACUGCUGCUAGCCCAGUUUCAUUAUUGCAGAUCACCCAUUCCUCUUCAUCCUUGGUGAGGACUGUGUUUGACUAUAGUAAAUAUAGUAAAUGAUAACUUAUUAAAUGGAAGUUAAUGGAAUGAGUUGUAGUACAUUGCUUGUCUUUCCCGUGUCUGCAGUAUUACUUGACCUUCACAUACAAAGUUAAAAUCUCUGUUCCAUCUAAGCACUGUACCCAGUAUUAAAAGUGGAUGCUUUACUUUU